CAGAUUUUAAAUACCACAACUGCUCAAGCAACCCCGCAAAGAACAGAUUCAAAUAUUUCUCAAGAUACUGAUGAAUCUCUUUCAGCACCACCAAGUAAAAAUUUAAUUCUCACACCAGAACCUUCUAGUCCGUCAAGUGACGGUCCUGUUAAUUUACUUACACCUGAGCCAGAAAGGCCAAGCAAAAAACGUAAGGGCAAACAAAUCGAAUCUCAAGAAAAAAGGCGUAUAGUCAAAGAUUAUUCACCUAAAAAACCGCGUAGUGCUCUUAAUUAUUUUACACGAGAAUUCAACUCUUCAGAAGAUACAGCACAUAUUUUACCGAAAGAGAGAUAUAAGUUAUCGCGUAAAAAAUGGAAAGAAAUGUCGACCGCUGAAAAAGAUAAAUAUGUGGAUAAGUCUCAAACUGAUAAAAAGAAAUAUGAUCGUGAAGUCGCUGGCAAAGAACAUCAGCUUCGUCAUGAUAGACCCAGUGAGGGAGAGCGUGAACUUUUAUAUGUUCUUGUUCCGACUCCUAGUCGUCAAAUGCUUUCCGCGUACCAAGAUUAUCAUAAUUCUGAAACGUCAUCACCAACAACUAACUCAAACCGAUUAGGUCAGAAUGGUACUACUAGGAGUGAUUCUAACGUUACUAAUGACACAUGUGAAACUGUUGAUAAUAUUGAAGGUUCGACUUCGAGUGCUGUAAAUCAUGCUUCUAAUAUUAUUGAAGCUGAUUCUUUCACUGAUCAAUUGAAUUAG